GUUAAUGGCCCUGAUGGCAUCCUGCAGAAUGGAGCUGUGGAUGAUAAUGUGGCUAAAACCAGCCAGCUUCUGGCAGAGCUGAACUUUGAAGAGGAUGAAGAAGAUACCUAUUACACAAAGGAUCUCCCUGUGCAUGCUUGCAGCUACUGUGGUAUCCAUGACCCUGCCUGUGUGGUUUACUGCAACACCAGCAAGAAGUGGUUCUGUAACGGGCGUGGGAACACGUCUGGCAGCCACAUUGUUAAUCAUCUUGUGAGAGCGAAGUGCAAAGAGGUGACUCUCCACAAGGAUGGACCUCUAGGAGAGACUGUCUUGGAGUGCUAUAACUGUGGAUGUCGUAAUGUGUUUCUCCUUGGCUUUAUCCCAGCUAAGGCAGACUCCGUGGUUGUUUUGCUGUGCAGGCAGCCAUGUGCCAGCCAGAGCAGUUUAAAGGAUAUUAAUUGGGACAGUUCACAGUGGCAGCCUCUCAUCCAGGAUCGCUGCUUCCUUUCGUGGCUGGUGAAGAUCCCAUCUGAACAGGAGCAGCUGAGAGCCCGUCAGAUUACAGCUCAACAGAUCAACAAACUGGAAGAACUGUGGAAGGAAAAUCCAUCUGCAACCCUUGAGGACUUAGAAAAGCCUGGUGUUGAUGAAGAACCACAGCAUGUCCUGCUUAGAUAUGAAGAUGCUUAUCAAUACCAAAAUAUAUUUGGUCCUCUAGUCAAGCUUGAGGCAGACUAUGACAAGAAACUGAAGGAGUCUCAGACCCAAGAUAACAUCACAGUCAGAUGGGACCUGGGCUUGAACAAGAAAAGAAUUGCUUACUUCACUUUGCCAAAGACUGAUUCGGAUAUGCGUCUUAUGCAAGGAGAUGAGAUCUGCUUGAGGUAUAAAGGAGACCUGGCCCCUUUAUGGAAAGGAAUUGGUCAUGUUAUCAAAGUUCCUGAUAAUUAUGGUGAUGAGAUAGCCAUUGAGCUGAGGAGCAGCGUUGGAGCACCUGUGGAGGUCACUCAUAACUUCCAAGUGGAUUUUGUAUGGAAGUCUACUUCAUUUGACAGAAUGCAGAGUGCUUUAAUAACAUUUGCUGUGGAUGAGACUUCAGUGUCUGGGUACAUCUAUCACAAACUCUUAGGUCACGAGGUAGAAGAUGUCAUUAUUAAAUGCCAGUUGCCAAAGCGCUUUACAGCACAAGGACUUCCUGAUCUCAACCAUUCUCAGGUUUAUGCUGUGAAGACUGUCCUGCAGCGUCCUCUGAGCCUUAUUCAGGGUCCUCCUGGCACUGGGAAGACAGUGACAUCAGCCACAAUCGUCUAUCAUCUGGCUAGACAGGGCAAUGGGCCUGUGUUAGUCUGUGCUCCAAGCAAUAUAGCUGUAGAUCAGCUGACUGAGAAGAUCCAUCAAACUGGACUGAAGGUGGUUCGCCUGUGUGCUAAAAGUCGUGAGGCCAUUGACUCUCCUGUAUCCUUCUUGGCAUUGCAUAACCAGAUCAGAAACAUGGACAGCAUGCCAGAGCUGCAGAAACUGCAGCAGCUUAAAGAUGAGACUGGAGAACUGUCAUCUGCUGAUGAGAAGCGUUACCGUGCGCUGAAGCGGACGGCAGAGCGUGAACUACUGAUGAACGCGGAUGUGAUCUGCUGCACUUGUGUGGGAGCUGGGGAUCCAAGACUUGCCAAGAUGCAGUUCCGCUCCAUUCUGAUCGAUGAGAGCACCCAGGCCACGGAGCCCGAGUGCAUGGUGCCAGUCGUCCUGGGGGCAAAGCAGCUUAUCCUUGUGGGUGACCACUGCCAGCUUGGCCCCGUUGUGAUGUGUAAGAAGGCUGCCAAGGCCGGGCUGUCGCAGUCGCUCUUCGAGAGGCUGGUGGUGCUGGGGAUCCGCCCCAUCCGCCUGCAGGUGCAGUACCGCAUGCACCCCGCCCUCAGUGCUUUCCCCUCCAACAUCUUCUACGAGGGCUCCCUCCAGAAUGGUGUCACUGCAGCUGACCGUGUGAAAAAAGGGUUUGAUUUCCAGUGGCCACAGCCAGAUAAGCCAAUGUUUUUCUAUGUUACACAAGGACAAGAAGAAAUCGCCAGCUCGGGCACCUCCUACUUAAACAGGACGGAAGCUGCCAAUGUGGAGAAGAUAACAACAAAGCUAUUGAAGGCUGGUGCCAAACCAGAUCAGAUUGGCAUCAUUACUCCUUACGAAGGUCAGAGAUCCUACCUGGUGCAGUACAUGCAGUUCAGUGGUUCCCUGCAUACAAAGCUCUACCAGGAAGUGGAAAUUGCAAGUGUGGAUGCCUUCCAGGGCAGAGAGAAGGACUUCAUUAUCCUUUCUUGUGUGAGGGCCAACGAACACCAAGGGAUAGGAUUUCUGAAUGACCCCAGGCGUCUUAACGUCGCUCUCACAAGAGCAAGAUACGGAGUAAUUAUUGUUGGGAACCCAAAAGCUCUGUCUAAACAACCACUUUGGAAUCACCUGCUGAAUUACUACAAGGAGCAGAAGGUUCUGGUGGAGGGACCACUGAAUAACCUCCGGGAGAGCCUCAUGCAGUUCAGCAAGCCCCGGAAGCUGGUCAAUACCAUCAACCCAGGUGCCCGUUUCAUGACAACUGCCAUGUAUGAUGCACGUGAGGCCAUUAUUCCAGGAUCUGUCUAUGACCGGAGCAGCCAAGGCCGCCCAUCCAACAUGUACUUCCAGACCCACGACCAGAUCGGGAUGAUCAGUGCCGGCCCCAGCCACGUCACUGCCAUGAACAUUCCCAUCCCUUUCAACCUGGUGAUGCCACCCAUGCCACCACCAGGGUACUUUGGCCAGGCAAACGGACCAGCUGCAGGACGUGGGGCACCGAAAGGGAAGACUGGUCGUGGCGGGCGCCAGAAAAAUCGGUUUGGGAUUCCUGGAACUAGUCAGUCAAACCUUCCAAAUAGUCAAGCGAGCCAAGACGUGGUGUCCCAGCCUUUCUCCCAGGGUCCACUGACUCAGGGGUAUAUCUCCAUGAGUCAGCCAUCACAGAUGAGUCAGCCUGGGCUCUCCCAACCAGAAUUAUCCCAGGACAGUUACCUUGGUGAUGAGUUUAAAUCUCAGAUUGACGUGGCGCUGUCACAGGACUCUACUUACCAGGGUGAACGUGCAUAUCAACAAGGUGGAGUGACGGGACUGUCACAGUAUUAGAGUGUUGAGGAAGAAGAGCUAAGCUUGUGUGGAGCUUAGUUCAUCAGCAUUUUAUUCUGGGUAAUAAAAAAAAUAAAAUAAAAUGGAUACCUGUUUUCCACUGCUAAAACUGAAGCACCACUGUGUGAGAGCAACAGGAGAAAGAAACCAACCAACGGAGAGGAGAGAGAGAGAGAAAGGAGCGCGCGAGAGAGCCCACUGCUAGCUCACUGAGACCAGGAGACUGACCAGAGAGGAGAGAGCGCACUGAAGGACUGGCUGGCACCUCACGGGGAGGGCACCCCCCCUGGCAUGAGUGCUCAGCUGAGUCCCUGCUCCCCCAGUCCAACACGCUCGAGAGAAGGACCUUAAGCAGGUUUCACUUCAUUCCAUACUUCUCUUUGCGAGCAGGGCAUUGCUUUUCAGAGCAGAUGGGGAGAGGAAAACCCUCAUCUCAGAGUUGUUCUCGUUUUAAAGGGGUACUAUAUUUUAGCAGUAACUGUUUACAUUUUAGAAGCAGAGUAUCUGAGAGAGAGAGAGAGAGGGAAGAGUUCCUCAGUGACAGCGAGCCAAGCAGAGAUCCAGCAGAACGUAGCUGAUGCUCAACUCUGAGAUGCAGGUUUUGUUGUCCAACACUGGCUCUGAAAUCCUAGUGUCAUCGUGUCGCCCACAUUCUGAACGGGUCUUUCGUGACAAGGUGGUUUUAAAGAGAUUCUUUCAAAGGGGCACUGAAUUUUUUGAAGUUUGU